GGGAGAAGUGCGUCCACCUAGAAGCUAUUUGGAAAUGUGGGAGAGACGGGGAUGUGGUUCAUGGCUGUCGUUGUUACCGGUAGAAUCAGCAUGUUGAGUAAGGUUGACCUCCAUACAACCACUUGCCGGAGGGUUGACAUGAACUGUGUCGCUCACAGUCGGGGGCUAACAGACGACCUGCUAUGACGAUUGCGGGGAUUUUCCGUGGCACACUUUCGAUUUAAAGGAAAAUAACAAGAUCUGUGAAUACAUCAGUCAAUGUGAACAGUUGUGUCUCUGACGGCCACACGGACAGUCGCACUGUUGGUGUCAGCCUCUACCUGUACAGGUGAAAAGAUUCUAAACAUCUCAAGUGUUUACUCCUGCAAAAAGACAUUCUGGCUGCAAUGAGCUGCACCAAAAUGAUGAACCUAUAUCUCACUUCUUUGUUAUUCCUGCUGGAUGUUACUUUGUGUCAGGAAAGUUGUCGCCCAAUGGAAGUAAAAUACACCAUCGCUGGUUUCAUUGACAAAAAUGUGAGCGUGAUGUUUCAUCUAAAUGAGACAUGUGGACAAGAUGUUGUAUUUCGGAACACAAGUAUGACUUUCUGCCGUAUUAAGCCUUCAGACAAGUCCAUAGUGGGUAACUACUGCACUCGUUUUAAAAAUGGAUCGACUUUAUUUUUGACGAAAUUUAACAAACUGGGCGAACAUGUCAUUCAAUUGCUAUUGGAAAACGACUCGAACGUGAUAAAUCCUGCAAAUGUCACCUUUAGCAUUUCCGAGCCGUCGAAAAAACAGGAUAAAAAUAUUGGCAUUCCCAGUGCUCCAAACCUACAAGAUACAACAACAUCCAUUUCAGACAGCAAAGAACCGAGCAGUCUGGUUCAUAUCAUCGAAACUACUUCUGACUCCGCAAGUACAGAGCGGCCUAAUAACGAGUACACUAUUACCGUGGUUUUGACUGUUUCCUUGGUGGUCGUGGUUAUUGUUAUAACCAUUUCACUCUGGUGCUGCUGGAGAAGAAAGCGUCAGAAGAUAUCAAGGACACCAGGUUGCGAGGACAAAGACAGUGCGAACAAAGAUCAACGGGAUAAUCUUAUAAAUAAAAGUAAAGAGUCUGAAGAUUUAAGCUCAUUGCCCCCUUCACCAUCCGGGGCUUUUACAGAUUGGCAAACGUCCAAGGGUCAGCUGACAUUUCUUGAUGAGGACCAAAAACAGGCGCCACCCACUGAAGUCUUGAGCACACCCAGGGAAAAGAGAGACUUCCAACAAACUCCCCAGCACAGCAUUCAAAGUGUGAUGGAGCUUCUCAAGAACCUUCCCCAAAGCCCAGAACUCAGCGACGGUCCGCUAAAAUCAAUCAACAAACAAAUAACGAAAUUGACCUAUCGGUCUGGUGCUGACGGUUCUGUUGAGAUUAAGUUCAAGACCAACAUCUGCCCAGACAAAGACCAGGAGAAAGAAGAUGUCAGUCUUGGGCAACACAAAAUGCAGCAAGAAUCCCCCAAUAAUGAAGACAAGGAACAAGCAGGCCUGGCUGCUUGUAAAACAUGUAUUGUAGACAUGGAACUGAAAUCCAGCAUCGAUGUCCAAGAAGAACAAACGGCCACGGAUGUUCACAGAGGAUUUGUUGACCCUGACAUCAAAGUAAUCCAACAUGAGGACAGUAUGAACUUAAAGCAGUCAGGAGAACUCGAGGAACCAGCUACACAGGAAGACAGACUAGUGAAACCGUCCUCUCCUCCUGAAGUGGUCAGUCCUGAUAGUGACUUGUCAGCAAACACAAACAACUUCAGUGAAAACCCAGAAGAAACCUCAAAAUUGCUUGGCAAAUGGAGUACUGUGGACCAGGACAGUCAAAGUCAGACAUUUGAAACGCAAGCCGACCCCGAAAUCCUGCUCAGCCAUGUCACUACAACCACAAAGCUUAGUGAGGAUAACACGGAGCAGCAAGAGAGUUCUCCUGUCAGCGAGUCAGCUUCUGAAACAGGACUUCUGAAGGUUCGCACAGUGCAGUGACAUAACAUAAUGAUUAUAAGUCACACCUUAGAGACACACACACACAGAGUGUAGUGACAUAACUAUUCCAAGCCUGAAGAGUCAUUGAGUAAUUAUUGUCAAAAAAAAAAACAUGUAAGAGGUUUCAUUAUUGUGACCCUCAAGGGAGCCCUCAAGUUUACUUGGAUGUUUCUCUCCGACGAUCAGACCAAGCAGUGCUUGCGUCGUUUUGCUGUGAAUAGUUCACAAAAAUAAAAAUAUUACUGGUAUUUUCAGUACACAAGAUGGCUGGCCAUAAAGUGUGCAGAAUUACCCCAAAGUGUAAAUAUAAAUAAACCAUUAUGUUUCGGUGUUUUUCGUCUUAUUAGCUCAGACUUUCUCCUCAGGGUCGUUGUUAUUUGAGGGUUAGCUAUGGACCAGAAGAGUUGCAGGAAUUAACUGGAAAUACCUUUAGUGUAGGACUGAGAAUCCACAUCUCUCCAUGAGAUGUUACCAGUGUUAUUACAUAUGCAACCAUUUGAUAAUAAAAUGAUAUUCUUUAACAUAACGGAUGAACGCAAUAAACAUGGAAUCUCUCAUUAUUUUUAUUUGCAACAUCCGCACUUUAUCUGUCUCGUGAUGAAGACAUACUGUGCAGUCUUUUCAUUUUUGAUAUCUUCAUUGGAUGAAUGUUAUUCCCUGACACAGACACAACAUUAAAAGACCGUGUAUAGAUAGCAGACAGUUCAUCGAAAUGAAAAUAGCAAUAACUACGAGUGUCGGUACAUUUUUGUUGAUGGCUGUUUCAUUACCAUUUGUAUAUAAAUUAUUUUGAUCUUUAUGGCACCUUCUGUCUCUUUUUUUUUACAUUAUAUAAAAUGAGAAACUACGAUGGUGUAAAUUACUCAGUUAUGUGUUUUAUCAAUUUAGCUCCAGGUGUGAUGAAUAUACGAGGAUACUUUGUACUGGUUUUACAAAUGUCAGUCCAAGUAUUUAUCAUAUUGAUUUUGAUAACUGACAACCCUGAUGUUAUUGUUUCGCUGAAGCUUUUUAUGAAUGAAAAAACACUUUAAUGUUUGUAAAUAAAAUGUCUUUCUUGAGUUUUGUUUUUAUGUUUUCAGUUUUCCGUAAAGCUAAAAUGCAUUUUGUGCUGAACAUUUCUUUGUUUAAGUAAAAGAAACGUUUUGCCAUCUGUUGCCUUGGAUACAGUUAAAUACAUUUGAAAUAAAUAAACACUGCAAGGACAGUGUGAGC